UUGGUCCGUUCUAAUUACCGGCGGCGCGCCAUUGGCUGAUGGAAAUGGUCCAUAACUCCGCACUCAGGUAGUACACUUACAGUUCUUACCCGGCUUCUUCAGACGAGUGCAGCCGCUCCAAAAUGACGACCGAUCCGAGCGUUGACUUCGUCAUGGUCUUCAACGACACAACUAACGACACGCUGACAGCCGAUCCUUACGGGCAACCUCAAGAGGUGUCCCGAGCGACGCUGUGGGUGCUCGCGGUGCUGAUUCCCAUAGCGAUGCUGGUCAUCCUGAUCGGAAACACGCUGGUGGUAGUGGCCGUACUGAAGGUACGGGUGCUCCAGACCAUACAGAACUACUACCUGGUGUCGUUAGCGGCCAGCGAUCUGAUGGUGGGCGGCCUCAUCAUGCCACUGGCCCUGAUGAACGAGCUGAUGGGGUACUGGUCCCUGGGCCGCAUCAUGUGUGACAUCCACGUCACUCUGGACAUCUUCGCCUGCACGGCCUCUAUCCUUAACCUGUGUGCUAUCGGACUGGACCGACACUACGCCAUCACACAGGCGGUGAAGUACACGGCGACCAAGACCACAAAGCAUGCCAUAGGGGGUAUCGCCAUGGUGUGGACCGCGUCUACUAUCAUCUGUCUACCGCCUCUUCUGGGCUGGGGGACCGAUAGCUUCCACCCGGGCCUCUACCCUCGCUGCGACUACACCGACAAUUUCAUCUACGUCCUCUACUCCACCGUGGGAUCCUUCUUCGGGCCCCUUCCCAUCAUGCUCGUGGUCUACACGCGGAUCUUCAUCGCCGCAAGGUCCCGGAUCAGGAAACUGCGCAAGCGCAGUGGCAUCCGCCGCUCUACUAGCAUCACUACCGCAAACUUGCACCGUUUGGAGGCACCCGAGGGGAAAAACGCGCAGACAAGAAGUAAGGAAGGAAAGGGAAAGGAGAUCAAGAUGAAAGCGGGAAUCUCGUCGUGCCCUCUUACAGCUGAAACAAUCAAUGAAGACACGCCCCCUACCACACCAGGUGUUUUGAUACGUCCGGAGAAGUUAACGGCUGUCUACUCGAAACACGCCCUCAACAACAGCAGGCCGAAACAAGCCCACAAGAACGGGACAAGCUCGCAUCACGCACCGCAAGUGUUCAACGAGAAACCCACGGAUUUUCACAGAAGCGCACCACUUACGGACGUAGAGGCAGUCAGCUUGAACGUCGUACCACGGGAAGACCCGGUCCUCAAGGAAGCCAAGGAACGUCGCUGGAAAAUGAUGCAGGCCAAAGAGCGCCGCCUAACGAUUGUCAUCUGUAUCGUCACCGGCGCCUUCGUCACUUGCUGGAGUCCGUUCUUCGUGGCUUACGUGGUGAGAACGGUUCACGAGUCUUUGGUGUCCCCCGCGCUAUUCAGAGGCUUUGUGUGGCUGGGAUACUGCAACAGUGCGCUCAACCCCAUCAUAUACACACUGCUCAACACGGACUUCAGACAGGCUUUUCAACAAGUGUUGAUCAGGAAGUUUAGCGCACCGUUUCGCGGCGGUAACAACUAGUUUCCAUUCACUGUUCAACUGGACUGUUGAAGCCUUGCAGCACUGUACCAACGGGCCACCGUACUUAGACAGACACAUGCAUAUACACGUGAUAACUACUGUGUAGACAGGCCUUUAAAGUAAACAAGUGUUGAUCAGGACGUUUAGCGCACAGUUUCGCGGCGGUAACAACUAGUUUCCAUUCACUGGUCAUCUGGACUGUUGAAGCCUUACAGCACUGUACCAACCGGCCACCGUACUUUAACAGACACAUGCAUAUACAUGUGAUAACUGCUAUGUAGACAGGCCUUUAAACAAGUGUUGAUCAGGACGUUUAGCACACAGUUUCGCGGCGGUAACAACUAGUUUCCAUUUACUGUUCAACUGGACUGUUGAAGCCUUGUAGCAGUGUACCACCGGGCCACCGUACUUCAACAAAGUACAGACACAUGUUACCUGUCGACACAUGUAUAUGCUGCAUAUACAUGUGUCGACAGGUAACAGCUAAGUUCCAUUCACUGUUCAACAGGGUUGGUGAAGCCUUGUAGCAUUGUACUACCCGACCACCGUACUUCAACAGACACAUGCAUGUCCUUCAUGUACAUACAUAGCUACGCUAGUAGUACACUGUGUAGACUGGCAUCAUUUGAAAACUGUAUGUCACUAUAUCAACACUGGGUUUUCCUCUAUAGAUCUACAGCUCAUAUCUAGAUGAAAGUUAGACAUUCAGGUAAUAAUCAAGAUACCAAAAUAAUACCAAAAAGCAGUUACUCGAGCAAACUGGAUCAUAUCCAUUCACUGCUCAACAGCUUCAAAGUCGUUCUACAGCAACAACUUCUUUCUCCGGACAGCCAAAAACUUUGGUACUCUCUUAAAGACAAUUGUUUCCCUUCUGAAUACAAUCUUCAAGCCUUCAAUACCAAUGUUCAUUGCUGUCUCUUUUCAUGCCAAUUUUCAACACCUAUCAAUUUAGUUCAUUUCCUAGUCAUAGAAGUGGUCAAAUGGCAUUGCUCUGAACGAAUUCGAACCCGUUAAAAUGUUGUCUGUAUGUUCUUGGCCUAAAAACAUUUGUCUGAACAUUGACACGUGCUAGUGAGUCAACUUCCGUUUAUUCCUUGUAUGACAUUUGCAUUCCACGCAAUGAUACUUGCAUUGCUACAAUACUAUGUAUUAAGGGUUAUUGCAAUUUGACUUAAAUGGUUAUGCGCAGUACUGUUAGUGUAACUUUUGCACUUAUGUCAGUUUUAUGUAGUGAUUGCACUUCAUGGUAAUCUUAACGAUUUGCAGUUGUUAAAUAUGAUAUUGCAGUCUAUGCUGUACUUAUUGCACUUUUUUCCACGGUAGUUCAGUCAUAUUACUGUGCUUCAUUUUUGAUAUUUUGUGCAGCAAGUAUUGUAGAUUUGUACUUCAGUUAUUGUGUAGAUAUUUGCAGUUUUUCACAUAUUGCAUCGUUUUUUUCUUGCGUACGUAUUGCAGUUUUGCACUAGAGUUCUUGCAGUAUUGUUUUGUCACUGGCGAAGAAGUAAAUGAUUUGGAACGUGGUUUGAAUAUGCUGUCAGUAGAAGGAACAUUAAAUAAAAUACAGCUUGCAACCAUUCAAUCGUAUUUUGGUUUAUACAUACGUGUAUCAUCAGUAAGACAUAAUGCAUUCACACAGUGCCUUAUACUCUUUAGAGAGCGAGUCUUAAUAUAAAGAUGUGGGGGUGGGUACUUCUGAUCU